UGACUCGGGGCUUCCAGCGCCCGAGGCGCGGGUUGACGUCAGGCGCGCCGCAGCGGCUCAGUGGCUCGCGGCAGGUGCGGUGCUGUUGGCGUAGUCGGGUCCAGUCUUCUUCCAUCAAGAACCGGUCAGCAGCACCCGGCCGCUGCGUGGAGCAGAGAGGUGCAUUGCCAGGUUCCUGAUGAACCCAGAGAACCCUCCACCAUAUCCGGGCCCCGGCCCAACAGCCCCAUACCCACCUUACCCACCACAGCCAAUGGGGCCUAUGGGAGCCCCACCUCCUCAGGGGUACCCCUACCCACCUCCUCAGGGGUACCCCUAUCAAGGAUAUCCACAGUACGGCUGGCAGGGUGGACCUCAGGAGCCUCCUAAGACCACAGUGUAUGUGGUAGAAGACCAAAGAAGAGAUGACCUGGGCCCAUCCACCUGCCUCACAGCCUGCUGGACUGCUCUCUGUUGCUGCUGCCUCUGGGACAUGCUCACCUGAUGAGCCCAGCUCUGUGCCUGGCCGCUCUGUGCGCCUCCGAUAGGUGUGUCUGCUUCCACUCUUCUGAUUGCUGUACUAAGCGGCUAGCUCUGCACCGACACCUCUACCUUCAGUCCUACGGAGUUUUAGAUUAGUGAGGGGUACUGCUAUUUAAUUCAGUGACUUGAUCUUUUUAAUGUUCAAACGUCAUUUCUUACUGAUCCUUAACAAAUGUGCUAAAUAAUUUUACUUUUUUUUGGCCAAAGGCUUAGUUAUGAAAUAUAUAUUUAUAAUGUUUAGAUUAUACACUCAAGGUAAUGGCAAUAUGUGAUACACUACUAGAUCUCUCUGCUCACACCCUGUAUGUUUCAAUAAACCUGUCCAAACCCUGCUGUCUGAA